UCACCUUUAGUACUAAUAUUUUUUUGUUCUUUCGAUAGCGAAAGGCUACGUUGUUUUUUGGUUUUUCUGUUUUAAUUUGCCUUCUUUCUUGACCAAGUAGCCCAAAAAUCAGGAACUAUAUAAAUUCAUGCAACUAUGUUACACACACCAUUUUUCAUUACAAAACUUAAUCAUCUCUUUGCAUGGUUUUGUAAGUAUUAAUCAUUAUUACACAGAAUCGAUUAUUUUCAUAAGCCUUAUAAUAAAAAAAGGUAGUGUAGUAAAUAAUGGGAAACGUUUUUGGUUCAAAAAAGACGACUAAGGUUAUGAAAAUAGAUGGUGAAACGAUGAAGCUGAAAACACCGAUAAAAGCUGGAGAAGUGCUUAAGGAUCAUCCCGGUCUUGUUUUGUUGGAUUCUGAAGCGGUUAAGCAUUAUGGUGUGAGAGCGAAACCGAUUGAAGGACACAAAGAGUUACAACCGAAGAGGCUUUAUUUUCUUGUGGAGCUUCCUAAGGAAGUAAAGCCGAGAAGGGUUCGAUCGGGGAUUGUUAUGAGUGCGAAAGAUCGGCUUGAUAAUUUGGUGCUUACUAGGAGAUCGGCUUCUGAUUUGUCGAUUAUGAAACAACGGAACGUGGAUGAGGAUAAUGGUGGUGGUGGUGGUCGUGGUGGUCGUGAUGGUGGAGAUGAUGUGGAAGUUAAGGAGAAUGGUGGCGGUGUGAGGUUGAAAGUUAGGCUUCCUAAGGCGGAGGUUGAGAAGUUGAUGAGAGAAUGUAAAGAUGAAGCUGAAGCUGCAGAGAUGAUUAUGCGUUUGUAUAAGGCUAAUGGAAGUAGAGAAAACAAGAUUAGUGAAGUUAAUGACAAAAUUAACACGCCGCGACAGAAAAGGGUGAGUUUUAUGCCAAGCAACGAAGGAGGGAUUCAAGUAGCUGUGGCUUCAUAAUAUAAUAUACUGUUUUUCUUUUUUUUUGAGAUUUUGUUAUGCUUAGUUGAAUAAGUGUUAUGAAUAAUAAUUAGUUUCAUUUCAUAGAAUAAUCUUUACGUUUUUAGUAUAAUUGAUUAUUAAUUAAUUAAUUGCUAUUUGGUAGAGACACCAGGGUCAGUUAUGACUAGCUUGUGUGUGAGUAGUUGUAAACCUAUCAUGUGUUGUAUAAAUAGUUCAAUUCCUCCAUGUGUAUAGACUUGAGAUUAUUCAUGAUAUAUGAGCCUCAUAUUAUAGCUAAAAA